GGCAUUGCAUCCAGGGGUGUUGAAGGAAAUUCUGCCCAAGAACUGUGAGUUGAGUCAAGCAGAGAGGGCAGUUGUGUGUAUACAGAGGUAUUUCCGUGGAUACAAGGGGAGACAACUCUACAGAGAUCUCCUGUUUGAAAGAUUUGAAGAGGAGGAGAGGAUGAGACAGGAGAAGACAAUGCAGCAAGUGGAGGAAGGACAACUCUUGGUGGACAAUCACAAGCUUGAGGUGCUGCUGGAUGACGACACUACCACGAGGCGGAACCGUGACCGACAUUAUCUCAGCCAAGUCAUCACAAUACAGCGGGCCUGGAAGGGUCAGCUACGUCAUAAACAUGAGAACAAGAAGAAGUUAGAUCAUAGCUUGCCGGAAGAGGAUGUAACGUCGAGUUCAGAGUCUGACGAAGAUGAAUAUAGCGAGACCGAGAGCGCCAUCUGUGGGCAAGUGAUGACGCUGUCGACACCCGAAGAAAACCAGCAUCAGGAAGAUAAUGAAAGGGAGGCUACUCUCACUGUUGACAAUUUCUUGGCAAAAAAAUCACCAGUGAGACAACUGCGUGAUAUUGAGUGCGAGUCCGUUGUGUCGGAUGUAUCAGAAAUUGCAGGUCCAUUGAAGGAUAUUGAAAGCGAGGUGCAGAUUAUUGAGCGAGAGGAAUUGCAACGUGGGAAUUUCUCAUUUCUACCCGGCCAUAACCAGAAGGAAAUUGAUCGUUUACCUGGUGAAACCGAUUCUGAUUACUGCAAACGAGCUCGCAAAAUAAAUAUUUUGAGUCUUGCUCAAGAAUUUGCUGAACUGAAAAAGAUUAAUGCCGAUGCAUUGCCGUUUGACCUUCACAAGGGGAGAGAAUUUGUGAAAGAAAGUAGUCCCGAGAGUGAUGCCAGCUCAGGUAUCGGGGUGGAGGAAUAUUUGACCGAAUCAGCCAUGACAAGUCCAGCUGAUGCAAAGCGGGAUUUAAUGGACGGGGAGGGGAGUAAGACUAAGUUGACAGCCAAAUCACGGAAACAUCGAGUGAAAGACAGCGGUAGUAAUCACAGGGUGAAAGGUGGAAGGUCAAAGCGAGAUAGUUCCCCGUCUGUGGGGAGUGAUAUGGAGAAAAGUGGGGACUUUGAUGUGUACAACAUGGAGUCGACGCUGCCGCAGAUGGACUGGGAGACGUUGGAGCAGCAGUUGCAGUUGGCGGCGCUGGAGGAAAAGAAUCGGUCUCAGACCCGCCUCAAUGAUCGCGAGGAAAUCCGUCGGAAGCUGGCAAUGGGAACUGAUGAAGAAUACUAUUAUAAUGAAAGGACUUUCAAAAAGCCCAACUUACAAACCCGGUUACAGAGUGGUAUGAACUUACAGAUAUGUUUCAUGAAUGAGGCAGUGGGGGAGCCACAAGAUUCAGGGGAGGCAACUGUGGAGAAGAACAGUAGCAUACCACAAGUGAAAAAUGCACAAGAGCCAAAACCUGUCACCAGUGGUUGCCAGUCCCUGGAGCCAGGCUCCAAGUCUGCCUCCAAGUCCAAGUCCAGCACCAAGUCCGGCCAUCCACUUCCCUCCAUACUCGUGGAAGAUGAUGAGGACUUCUUUAAGAAACAGGCCAGACUCCAGGAAGAAGCCAAACUAGCACUAGCCCAGGCUUGCACGAUGGCCCACAUGCAACUUGAAGUGGAAAAACAGCUUAAAAAGAAAUCUCCUAUAGCAGAUAUGGUGGGUAUUCCCAGCCUUGGAGAUGGGCGUCGCCGCAAAAUCAACAAGAAGGUGCUACUCGACAUGAAUUUAGCUCAAUUACAAGUCCUCGUCAAUGACCUUCACACCCAGAUAGAGGGUCUGAACGAGGAGUUGGUCCAGAUGUUGAUGGAGAGGGACGACCUGCACAUGGAGCAGGACUCCAUGCUUGUGGAUAUUGAGGACCUCAGCAGACGAGCACAAGAGGUUGCACAGCAGGCUACGAAUAACAACUCUCCAAGCUCCAGUAAUCAUAACAGACCGCGGAAAAAAUGAAGAUUACUCGGGCCUUGUUGAAGGCCAGCUGUUUUAGGUCCUCCGUUUUAGUGUGCGGAGAGUGUGUACAAGACAAUAGUGGCAAAUAUUUGACAGUGUGUGACAGGCAGGACCACCGUGAAGCAGUGAAGUGUUAUGUUCCAACAGAUGUGAAAGCUACAGCGCUGUAUUGGAACAAUUGUGAAGCCAUUACAGUGUUAUAUUGUAAUGUGAACAUGCUACAGAGUUGUGUUGUAAUAGAUGUGAAAGGGUUACAACAUUGUUGUAACAGAUGUGAAAGGGUUACGGCAUUGUAACAGAUGUGAAAGGGUUGCAACAUUGUUGUAACAGAUGUGAAAGGGUUACGGCAUUGUAACAGAUGUGAAAGGGUUACAGCAUUGUUGUAACAGAUGUGAAAGUGUAACAGCAUUGUUGUGACAAAUGUGAAAAGGUUACAGCAUUGUUGUAACAGAUGUGAAAGUGUUACAGCAUUAUGUUGUAACAGAUGUGAAAGGGUUGCAACAUUGUUGUAACAGAUGUGAAAGUGUUACGCAAUUGUAACAGAUGUGAAAGGGUUACAGCAUUGUUGUAACAGAUGUGAAUGGGUUACAGCAUUAUGUUGUAACAGAUGUGAAAGGGUUACGGCAUUGUAACAGAUGUGAAAGGGUUGCAACAUUGUUGUAACAGAUGUGAAAGGGUUACAGCAUUGUUGUGACAGAUGUGAAAGUGUUACAGCAUUAUGUUGUAACAGGUGUGAAAGGGUUACAACAUUAUGUUGUAACAGGUGUGAAAGGGUUACAACAUUAUGUUGUAACAGAAGUGAAAGGGUUACAGCAUUGUAACAGACGUGAAAGAGUUACAACAUUGUUGUGACAGAUGUGAAAGGGUUACAGCAUUAUGUUGUAACAUCUGAAAGGGUUACAACAUUAUGUUGUAACAGAUGUGAAAGGGUUACAACAUUAUGUUGUAACAGAUGUGAAAGUGUUACAGCAUUAUGUUGUAACAGAUGUGAAAGUAUCACAGCAUUAUGUUGUAACAGAUGUGAAAGGGUUACAGCGCUGUUUUGUAACACAUGUAGAGUUUUGUGAGGAAAGGUUGAGCUUUAUUUCAAGGUAUAACUAUUGAAUAUUGUGUGUAUAGUGAUGGUGGACUGAAUGCUGUCAGAAGGGCGAUGGUGGAGCAGUGGGGUGUUACUGUUACAAACAGGUUUUAACAUUCGUCCGUGUGUCAAUGUUUCGGUACCCAUGUGCAUGUCAUGAUGGCCGUUACGUAUUUUCAGUCCCCGAAACAAAGGAUAGGUUUAUAUAACAAGUUUGUGUUGGUUUUGCAAACACAGCUUCCAUGUACUUGUCUGGUUAACUGUUAAUUUCAUUUUGAGUUUGAAGUCUGCCAACUUUAAGAAUUCAAAUUUAAUCAGUAAUGUAUACUACUCAAGAGAAAGUUAAAGAAUGUCUGAUUCUUGAUAUGACUACAGGUCAUCUGUCAUGGCUGGUGGGUAUUGCACCACACAGCCUUUCAAUUGUGGGUGUUCUUUAACCUAUUUUGAGUAGUAUAUUAUCACACUAUGGCCUGAAGACAUUGAUUUGUGAGGUACAUGAACUGAAUCUCGCUUCCUGUACAGUUUCCAUAUUUGAUAUUUUGAUGCAUUAUUUCUGUUCCAUUGGCAGUGUGAAUAUUUGCCUUGUGACAAGGAAUGAGAUGUGUGAAGCGGGUUUGAGAGCAACAAAAUUUGUGUUGUUCAUGUUAGAAUGUGUUAGAAGGUGGGUUCUUAGAAACAAGGUGUAAGUAAUUCUGGGUUAUUGGAAGAUUUACAGUAAUGGAGGGAAGUCAGAUUAAAGUUGAGAACGUUCUUGUCCAAUCCGUGAAUCUUCAGCAAAGCGUUGCUAUGGAUACUGUUGCUAUGUGCCCUGGUUACUCAUUGCUAUGGGCACUAUCAGGCAACAUGUUGCCACAGAUGCUAUGGUUACCAGCUAGGAGGUGUUGCCAUGGUUACUGUGGUUUCUAUCAAGUAACCAUGAAUACUAUAGCCAUGGAUACUGUUACUGUGUACCACGGUUACUCGUUGCUAUGGUUACUAUUUGUAAAUAUGCAAUGAUGAAGUGAGUGUGAAAUGUUGCAAACCUAUGUACCCAAAUUCCCCUGGCACGUGUUGUGCGAUGAAGUAUAGACCUGUCGUGUAUAUGUGUUAGAUAAGACAUAUAAAACAAGGCCCUCUCUAUGACUGCAGUGACAAAAAAUUCCUCCAAUUCCCUUAUCAGAAUCUCAAUUCUCCCACUCACGGAAUACAACUGUGAUUAAACAACAUCCAAAUCAUCUGGUUGCGUUAUAACCAAUAUAUAUUACUCCCUCACGGCCUGAUACAUUAACUAUAGUAAUAUGGUCCUUAACAUGUUUUUAGUAGUAUAAGUCAUGAAUCGUAGAUGACAAGACAAUGAUUGUUAAAUGUGUCAAGUUUAUUCAAGAUAAAGUCGACCAAUAUUGCCUGUCCUGGAUUAAAGCAUUGAUUAUGUCAAUGCCUGAGCUGGAAGGAGUGCGGAUGCCGCUGUCUGUCAUGUCAAGGUCACACCUUUUUUUAUCGCCAAACCAUCGUACAUUAUGAUAUGGUCAUUAAAGUAUUUUUGAAUUUGUUAGCUUAAAAAUGAUUGACUUUGUCUAUCCUGCUUUGGGUCCUGAUAAUGAGUGUUAAAUAGUCGAGGAGACACGAAAUAAGUGCACUCAGACGAUACGAAACAUUCACUGUGCCUACGACGUCUGAUGAGUCUGUAUGUCUAUGGCAUUGGUGGGCGGUCAGGUAGCCUAGUGGUUAAAGUGUUCACUCGUCAUGCCGAAGACCCAGGUUUGAUUCCAGACAUGGGUACAAUGUGUGAAGCCCAUUUCUGGUGUCCUCUGCCAUGAUAUUGCUGGAAUAUUGAAAAAUGGGCGUAAAGCCAUACUCACUCACACAGUCACUCUAUGGCAUUGGUAGAUAGUUGGGGUAAACGUGCAGCCUUCAAAAUUCACUCUUGUUCGCUGGCCCAAGACUACUAAAAACUGAGGUAGAAUCCAGUGAUGGUCGUCCACAUUUUUUAGUUGCAUUUGGGUCUAUAAUUUGAACCAGUUCGCAAUACUUCAAUUGUGAUACAAAUCGGAACUGAAUAUAACUGACAGAAAAUGAAAGCAUACUAAAUAUUUUUGUCUCUUUAAAGUAGGAAUAAGGUUAAAAAAGAAAAUUAAUACACAAGUCUUUUAAAAAAAAAGAAUUUCUAAGUCUGACGUAUUAAUUGAUGAGGGUUGUAAAUUUUCCGAUGUUGAAUACUUUGGAUUCUUUAAUUCAGUAUGAUUGUAUUGUAUAGUACAGACGUUUAAUUACGUAUGAUUGUAAAUGUAUAGUACAGACGUUUAAUAACGUAUGAUUGUUCAAUGGCUGACGUUUAAAAAAACACUUAUCUUAAUAGCAAGAUCCUUAAAAUUUAAAAAUAAAAUUUGAGGAAAUUGAACAAGGAAUCUUAAUCCUCAAGUAUUUUGUUAAUUUAAAAAUGAUAACUUGAAUCAUACUGUUUUUAGUUUUGUUUUCAUUUGUUUUCUUUGACAUAAUUGAUCAUCAUAUUGUUUUUGACUAUUAGUAUUUUUUCAUAAUUGCCUGCAUAAUGAAGUAUAUUUGUUCGGUUUUAUUGAGGAUUGUAAUUACAAUUUUAGCAAAUACUGGUAUUUCUGAUAGUCAGUAGGAAAUAUAGGUGGAAUAAACUAAUUUCAUGCUAGAACAAUGAUAAACAUAUAAGUGUAUAUUUUAAAAAGACUGAUAUUUCAGAUCUCUUUGAUUUCACAGCAUCAGUUCCGAUUAUUUCUCUGAUAAUCAAAAUACACAAAUCAAUUCUUGAUCGUCGUCAAUGAUACAAGAGAUGUGACUUUAAACCAGCCAAGUGAAGGUGCCAUAGAAUGCUUAAACCUGUUUAAGCAAAUUGUUAAAUAGUCAGCUUUGGAGUAUGUGGUCUUUGACAACUUUUUUAUACUGUUUACUUCAUGUGUGUACAUACUGCCGGGUAAAAUGGUCGGUGAACAAUGAUUGUAAGUUAUGAAGUGUCAGUUACCAUGGAAAUGGUUCCUGAAACUUGUUUGUACAGACGAAACAGAUAUUGUUGAUAAUUGUACGCUGGUAUGCAUUUGUCUUGUCGCUGAUAUGCAUGGAGUCAUUAUACUUUUUAUUUGUCCUACGGUUGUGAUUUGUUCAUCGAGUCUUGUUAUUUGAAUUUUCAUUGUUUCCGUCAAGCCAAGCAUUGUCCUCAUGUUGACGAUUGUGUUUUUUUAACAACUGUUUACUCUUUGUAUUUUAUUCGAAAUGUAUCUCCGUUUUUACAAGUUGGUACAUUGACCCAUGGUGAUACCAUUUUGUUAUGCAAAACUCAAACCUUCAUCUUGAUGUUUGUAGGUUUUUAACUUUUAGUUUCUGCUGGGCGUGGUAUUUCUCCACAGAAGCAUCAACGUGAGAUUUGCCUGUAUUUAUGUUGAAUCAAAGGAAUUUGUAAGUGGAUUGUAAUAGAGUAGAAACAAAACAAUAUGGUGAGACGAAAGUUGUCUCCCUUUGUGGCACCAUCUUGAUAGUGCAUUGUGGGUGUAUGCCAUAAAGAGAAAAAGUCUGUGUUUAUUUAAGGAAGUUUGCAAAGUUUUUAUGAUUUAAUUUGACUUAAUUGAAGUGAUUGCAUCAGUUUGGUUGAGGAAUACACUCUGCAUGGGGUAUCAGGUGUCCAGGUUAGUUACAAGCUCACUUCUCAUUCUACACCAGUAUUUCCGUGUCUAUCUGGUCAUGACGUCAUCGCAUUAUCAAGUCUACCUACAUGUUUGUGUGUUCAAAUUCACCAUCGAACAAACGUAUUUUGCCAAAUGUUUAUCUCGUGAAUGUAUUGUUAAUCUUGUAUGUCCUUAUGCUGGGAUCUGAGACGUUUGUUUGUUUGUUGUUUAACGCCGCACUCAGCAAUAUCCCAGCUUUAUGAUGGCGGCAUGUAAAUAAUUGAGUCUGGACCAGACGAUCCAGUGAUGGACAUGAUGAUCAUCGCUCCACGCA